AAUAAUUUCAAACCAAAAGCAAAAUUAACAAUACAUAUACAUAGAGAGAGAGAAAUAGAGAGAAUGGAUAGAAAGGGUCAUCCAACACUUAGAGGUGGAAGAAGAGAAACAAAAUACAGCCAUGGAUACCCUCCUUCCGAGCUAGAAGCACUAGCUAGCAUCUCCGAGGCUUUCAUACCCGCGAUUUCGUAUCAAGAUUACACGAAGGGCGAUGCCCCAAGCAAGGCCGUCGCCUCCUUCUACCAAUCCUCCGCCUCUCGGUAUCCAGUGCCCGAUGAGGUGGCUGAGGUGGUGGCGAAGAGGGGAUUCUUCGAAACGAGAAUAUUGGUGCGAGGUUUGUUGAAAAUCCUAUCGACGAGAAUUGGGACGUUGUUGAUGUGUGGGAGCCUUAGCGUUGGGAGUGAGUGGCCAUAUUUGAAGAAAUUCUCGGAGAUGUCUUUGGAGAAAAGGGAGAAAGUUGUGCAGAAAUGGCUGCAGCAUUGCUUCAUCACACCUCUCAGGCUUGCCUUUGUGUUCCUCAAGUUCAUGGUUUUGCUUGUUUUCUACUCUCAGGUCGGAGAAGAUUCUAGAAAUCCGGCGUGGAAAGCGAUAGGGUAUGAGGUUGACGAAGAUGAGAAAUCUCCGAGCUUCUUCCCGGAAGAGAGGCCUCUGGAGAAGGGAAUAAUCGAAACAAGAGACGAGGCCGAUUUCUCCUUCCCCACCUCUGUGGCCGAGAAAGGCCUGAAAGUGACCGCUGGCAAUGUGUGCAAAAUCGAAUGCGACGUCGUAAUCGUCGGCUCCGGCUGCGGCGGCGGCGUCGCGGCGGCGAAUCUCGCCAGCAAGGGUUUUAAAGUGGUCGUCCUCGAAAAGGGGAACUACUACACCAGCAGAGACUAUUCCGCCCUCGAAGGCCCCUCAAUGAAGGAGCUCUACGAAUCCGGCGGGGUACUGGCGAGUUUGGACGGAAACGUGAUGCUUCUCGCCGGAUCCACCGUCGGAGGCGGCUCCGCCGUGAACUGGUCCGCCAGCAUCAAAACGCCUAAAUCCGUGCUCGACGAGUGGUCAGAUCUGCCGCUGUUCGCGAGCUCCGGCUACACCGAUGCGAUGGAGAGAGUGUGCGAGAGGAUCGGCGUGACGGAGGAUUGCGAUCGGGAGAGUUUCCAGAAUCAGAUCCUCCGCCGCGGAUGCGAGAAGCUCGGAUUGAAAGCCGAUCGAGUUCCGCGGAAUUCGCCGAGCGGCCACUACUGCGGAUCCUGCUGCUACGGCUGCAUCAGAGGGGAGAAGAGAGGCACCGACACCACCUGGCUCGUCGACGCCGUGAACGCCGGCGCGGUCAUCGUCUCCGGCUGUGAAGCGGAGCGGUUUCUGAUGGAGGAUCGCGACGGAUCGAGGCGGAAACGCUGCAUCGGAGUUAUCGCCAGAUCUACUAACGAAGAGAUGAGGAGGAAGAUCCAGAUCGAAGCUAGGGUUACAAUCUCCGCUUGCGGCGCUCUUUUAACGCCUCCUCUGUUAAUCGCGAGUGGUUUGAGAAACCCUAACAUCGGCCGGAAUCUCCACCUCCACCCGGUGCUGAUGGCGUGGGGAUACUUCCCGGAGACGGAAUCCGACAUCGAAGGAAAAAUCAACGAAGGAGGCAUAAUCACAUCGCUACACAAAGUAAUCGACGACAACAAUGCACCGAAAGUGAGAGCUAUAAUAGAGUCCCCAAUCCUCGGCCCAGGGACAUUCGCGGCCCUACGGCCUUGGAAGUCAGGGGCCGAGGCGAAGGAGGAUCUACUAAAGUACUCGCGCACGGCCCACCUUUUCUCGAUGAUACGAGACAAGGGGGCCGGGGAGGUGACAAGGCCGGGGCGGAUAAGCUACAAGAUGGAUAACAGUGAGGACAAGGAGAACAUGAGGGCAGGGCUGAGGCGGGCGCUGAGGAUACUGGUGGCGGCCGGGGCUACAGAGGUGGGGACGCAUCAGAGCGACGGGCAGAGGAUGAGGUGCGGAGGGGUGAGCGAGGGGGAGGUGGAGGGGUUUCUGGAGACGGUGGUGGCAGGGGAGGGGCCGAAGUCGAUGGUGAAGAACUGGACGACGUAUUGCUCGGCGCAUCAGAUGGGGAGCUGUAGGAUGGGGGUGGAUGAGAGGGAGGGUGCGGUUGAUGGAAAUGGGGAGAGUUGGGAAGCAGAGGGGUUGUUUGUGUGUGAUGCAAGUGUGCUACCUGGGGCAGUUGGUGUGAAUCCUAUGAUCACAAUUCAAUCAACUGCAUAUUGCAUCUCUAAUGGGAUUGCUGAGAGAUUCAAGAUGUGAGACUUGAUUGCUUCUUCAUCAACACCACCAUUCAACCACAUCUAGAUUCAUUAUGAAAGCACAUAUAUAUUGAUCAUAUACUUUACAUGUAUUGAUGUAUAGGAAUGAGUUAUGAUAGUAAACACUGGAGUAUAUUUUUCUUUGGAAUACAAGUACUUAUGUAA